CAUAAUACAGUACUACUACUGUUCUUGUCAAGUCUCAUCAAAGAGAGAAACAGAGUUCCAACUCAACUCUUAUUGCAAAAGUCGAGGUAACAGCGCAAGAACACAAACGUUGUUGUUUUGUCCCUUUGUAUAGUCCAAAAGUUCAACGUCAUAUUAUUAUUACUAUUUCUCAAAUAAUAAUGAUCACAUCAAUUCCAACGUCUCUCUCAAACCAUCCUCUUCCUCUUCCUCACUCUUCUCCAUUUCCAUUUCCAUUUCCAUUUCCAUUUCCUACCGUUGAAAACAAAACGAUCAGAAACGCAAAAGAGAAGAAGAAAAAAUGGGGUGUGAAUCACCACUACAAAUCAACAAAUCAAUUCAGUUUCAUCCAACCACCCCUGAAAAAUCCACUCCUUACCCUCCAAAUCCAAGCCUUGUUCAACGUAUGCUAAAUGAUACAUGCUUCAAAUGUAAACAACAAGGUCACUGGUCCAUGUAUUGUCCUAACAACAACAAUAACCAUUCACCGGUUUUGUCUUCCAACAAGCAAAUACACUGUCGUUGCGGUCACGGUUUUUGUGAUGUUAAAAUCUCUAAUAGUGAAAGAAACAAAGGGAGGUUGUACUUUGCUUGUCCUAUCAAAAGGGGUGCACCUUGUGGUACCUUUGUGAAGUGGUGCGAUGAUGAAAGGGAUUUGGAGCCUUCUUUGGUUAAGUAUCCUAAGUGUAAAUGUGGUGCUGGUGUCUGUAAAAGAGAGAUGGAAGGUGCUAAGUACUAUUUUACUUGCCCCGUUAAACAGAAUUUUGGAUCUUGUGGUUACCGUGCGUUGGAAGUUGAACUACUCAAUAAUGCAAGCACCGAUGAACUGGUCAAUAGCACAAGCAUUGGCGACAACCUGACUAAUGGCUUUGCUGAGGGAAGUGAUUUGCUAUUAACGACCAAAAUGACGAGAAUAACGGACAAUUAUGAAAAUCCUUCAACUGUGGCUGUAUCUGAGAUUCCAGAGGGAAGAAGUGGAGGAUCACCAAUAUACGAAGCCAAUUCACAACCUGUCGGUUUUCCAGAAAUUGAGUUUAAGGAUGAUCAACAAUUGAUAAACCUAGCCUCGUGGGAGGCAAUUGAGGACAAAGUUUCCCCAUCAUCUCGUUUUUCAACACCCUCAAGGAUCAGUUGUCGACAAAGCUUAUUUCCGAGGGACAUUUUUUCUGCUGAUGCAACAUUUGAUGCUCCGAAACAAACAAGUACUCUUAAUAGUCAAAGUGAAUGCAACGACCUUACUAUCAAGACUCCUAAUCAACGUACCCAGCUUUCCACAGAUGUAGUAAGCCCCAAUAGAUCACCUGGAAGUGAAAAGCUAAAGGAACAAAAGCAAAGAGAAGCGGUGAUAUUUACACAGCAGGGACUUCUCAAUGAUCUAGAGGGUUUGGAUUUUCACCAGCAUGAGUCUAUGAGAGACACAACAGAAGCAGCCUUUUCAGUGUUAAAUUGUUUAAAAUUUGUUUAUAAACAAUUUUCUGACUAUGUAUGGGAGUUCAUCAAUCUUGCAAAGUCUACGGCAGAAAUCGACAAGUCCAUGGAAAAUUCGCCUACUCUGGAGGAGCACAUUAAAUUCUUAGAGGAGGAGAAAGUGAGAUUGGCUAACAUCCGGGAUGACUGUGUGAAGAUUGAGACUUCGCUCGCAGUAUUUGAUGAGAAAAGAAAUUUGCUUAGUGAAGAAGUCGCUAAUCUCCAGGCCGCGCUCCUUGAAAAACGAAAAGAGUUGAAAUUUUGUGAACUGGAGAAGAUGAAGGCAGAGGCUCGGCUUGACGAUAUGAAAAGAAGGAUCUCGGAGGUCAUCCUUAAAAGAUAAAACUCGACAAGCCGAAGCGGCAAGGAAAUUUUUUGUAGAGAGAGACACAAAGCAAGUUGCAGCCAGGACAGCACUGGAGAAGGCUAAACGUGCGUUGGAAAAUUAGUGGCUUUCAACAACUCAAUAACUGUAAAGGGAAUGUAGUAGAAUAAUUGUGUGCUUUAUCUGAUCCACCAUCCCUGCACUAUGCAGAGUCAAUCUAACCUUAUCCAUUAAUUGUGUUAUUAGUAGGUUUUUGUUUUUAACAAUUGCAAUUUGAAAGAAGUAACAAUGCUCUUUUUUUAUUAUCCUUAGCUAAAUUCAGUUGAGAUUUCACAGGUUGCACUUUUUAUCUAAGUCACAUUGUGUUUGUUCCCUA